AUGAAUUCUUUCAUAAAAACAGCUGGUGCCAAUUUUGAAGGUGGUAAAAUUAUCAAACAUAUGACAAGGGAUUCUAAUUGUAAAUUCACAUCAAAUAUACAGAUCGGAAUGGAUGCACCGUUUUUUGGUGAACCAGCUGGAACCGAUAUCAGAGAGAAAGGUCCAUCUGAAAGACAAUUUGGCUCAUAUGACAGAAAUAUAAUGAUUCGCGACAUAAAAAAAUGUUUUAAUAAAGCUAAUGAAAUCAUGACACAAAAUAGAAUUGUUGAUUUAGUUGUACAAAUAGCUAGAGGUAGAAAUGGGCUGAUAUUUUUACAAGAUGACAUUUUGCCAGUUUUGCAGAGUAUUUUCAUGAUUUCUAAUACGUCUACAAUAGAUCUAAACGAACCUAAUAUCCAAAAUUAUAAUUUUGCCAAUGGUGGACGCCUUUAUAUUACGUUUGGCUAUCGAACAACCGAUUAUUUUGAUUACACUAAAAUGAUAAACGAAUACAUAUUUAUGAACAUUGGUAUGUUUGCUCGACUAACAGAAAAUCUGACAGCUGGUCAGGUUUGUAUUCCAUCGGCAACAUACGAUGUAGUAAAAAACGGCAUGGACUUAACUGUUCAUGCCGUAAAUUAUAACUAUUUUGAUUUUUGCUUCAAUUUGGGUUUGAUGCAUAUCAACUUGUUUGGAAUUGCUGAUAACAUGCCAUUUAUCACAACUGAUGAUUACACAUUGGAAGAUUUUAUGGAAUUAAUUAAUAAUAAUUAUCAAUAA